CAUUUGUAUAAAGUAUUCCUUCUCUUCAACUGAUUCCUGUCUUGUGUUGCUCACCUGUGAGGAAGGUUUUGGAGACUGUCAACAGGUACGACCACAUCAACGACUGCUAGCUUUCUGCCCAGCUCCUAGAGUAAAGCCUACAGCAGUAGUGCAGUUCCUUCAGAUAUUAACAUGACCCGGGAACCAGAUUCCACAGUGGAGCAACAACAUGGAAACGGACAUCUGGAGAACGGUACUGAACAAGAUACCUUGGACUUUAGCAGACAGAUCAAAACUGAAGAUCUCAGUGAGGCACUACAGACAGGAAUACCUCAUCGGCCAUGCCAGCUGUCCCAGGCAUCCAUGAUGGGCGGAGGACAGAUGACUGGGGAUUUUACUUCUUUACACCCUCUGCAGCAGUUGGUACUUGUACCCAGCCACCUACAGUCUGCCUCUCAGUAUCUGCUGUCACAAUCCCAAAGUGGCCAACAAGGUCUUCUGCAACAGAAUCAUCUCUCACUCAAUCAGCAGCAAGGUGGAAUCCUUCAGCCACAAACUGGUUUGGGCCUGGCUUCACAGGCAGUAGGAUGUCCUGGACUUCCAGGUUCUUCUCUAGAAUCCCAUUUGGAAAUGGGUCACCUGCACGCUCCAAAACAUUUUUCUGUGGUGCCAGAAGAUCCCAGUGACCUAGAAGAAUUGGAGAAAUUUGCAAAGACCUUCAAGCAGAGAAGAAUAAAGCUGGGAUUUACACAGGGUGAUGUUGGAUUGGCCAUGGGAAAGCUCUAUGGAAAUGACUUUAGCCAGACAACCAUAUCCCGAUUUGAGGCUCUUAACCUGAGUUUUAAAAACAUGUGCAAGCUAAAACCCUUGCUGGAGAAAUGGCUGAAUGAUGCAGAAUCUGCCCCCUCUGAUACCGCCUUGACACCCAGCACUAACUAUGCCCAGCUCAGUGAAAUGUUUGGGCGCAAGAGGAAGAAACGGACAAGCAUUGAAACCAAUAUUCGUCUAACGCUGGAGAAAAGGUUUGAAGAUAACCCCAAACCAAUCUCUGAGGAGAUCAGCAUGAUAGCAGAGCAGCUAGUGAUGGAGAAAGAAGUGGUCAGGGUCUGGUUUUGCAAUCGGCGCCAGAAGGAAAAACGAAUAAACUGCCCAAUGAAUAUACCACUAAAGUCCCCAGUCUACAACUCCAGAAUGGUACCAACAUCUGUUUCUUUGGGAUCUAUGUCCAUGACUCCAGUACACAACACAAUGACCAGCACAGUGACAUCUUCCUGUUCUCCUGUGAGUUCCAGUAGACCUUCCUCACCAACCUCCGGACUUGAGCCCAGUAGCCCAGGAUCAUCAUUAAACAGCCCCAAGCCCACAGUGAACACAUCCAGCUACAACAACUCAAGUUCCUGGUAUCGAUGGAAUCACUCACAAUAUUUCCACUGAGAUAUUGCAUACUGCAGGCACUCUUUCAGUGCAAGGGUGAAGGUGAUGCUUUGAUUGAUUGCAUAGUGUAUAUGCACCAUUCAGCAUGACAGUCGGUGUCAGAAAAGUUAUCACCACUCUGAACCAUGAAGAUAAAAAGCACCAAGAGCUGCUUCCAGUGUUGUACAAAAAUGGAAAAUCCCUUUCAGCCAGUAGGAACUACCUACUUCCCAACUUCCUUCCAGAAUGGUUUUGCCAGUACCAUUUAUAUUGAUACAGGCUUUCCUGUCUGGAAAUUCCUCCAGUGGUAAUAAUUAGUCAAAAAAGCAAAAAACAACCAUUUCUGUUGCUUAUGAAUUUACUCAUGUUUCCCUAUUUGCAUAUUUUCUUGCCCCAAUUUUCAGUUGUUUUUAUGGGAGGGACUGCCCUGUAAUUUAUUCUCACUUGUAAAUAGUUUUUCUGUGUUAUUUGCAGUUUCUUUAAGACAUUCAUGCUUUACGGAUGAUUUGCUAAGCUUUCAAAAAAAACAUCUGAGCCUUAAGCGUUAUCGUAAAUAUUACGAUAUUAGGGCAGGUAAAUGAGUCAAGAGCUGUUAAAUUAAAAUGUGUGCUUUGAAAGCAUUCAGAAUAAAACUGCCAUGUAAAUGUUAAGAGAUGUUUUGUAUUGAUGCCAUAUUUAAAUAAAACAGUAAAAAGACACUGAUCU